GAGGACUACGCUUCCCAGCGUGCCCCGCGGCGGAAGUUCCGGCGGCGUUGCCGUAGCGACGGGGCGGCGUUGCCAUGGCGGCGGGCGGCGCGGCGGCCCAGCCCCGCUGGCUGCUGCGGCGGGAGGUGGCGGCCCGGGCCGGGCAGCGCUGGGUCAGCGCCCGCGGCCGCGGCCUGCGGCUGGGGCCCUUCCUCCGGGACCGGCAAGGUGACCCCCAGCUGCGCCCGCUCCUGGAGGCGGCAGGCAGUGACGUCAGCCACUGGUUCGACCCCCAGACCGGGGACCCGCUGACCCGCGUGGACCCCCAGUCCGGCCUGCUGUGCUGCUGCGUGCCGGGGGGGCCGGGGGGGGCCCCCCCCGAACCCCGCUCGGACUGGGCCCCCCCAGAGACCCCCCCGUGGUGGGAGGACCCCCGGUUGGAAGUGGGGCGCCUGACGGCCGCCCCCCAACACCUGCGGCUCUGCAACACCCUGACGGGGCAGGAGCACGUCAUCGAGGCCUGCGGGGAGCAGGCGGGGGGGCUGGUGGAGCGGGCGCUGCCCUGGAACGCCCACGUGGGGGGCUACGCCUGGCGCUGCGGGGGGGCCCCCCUGCACCCCGACCAGCCCCCCCCGGCCCCCGACCGCGACGGCUCCCCCCCCCACCGUCCACCUCUACUUCACCGACGACUUCCUCGAGCAAUAACCGCGCCCCAGGGCGAGGCCGUGCCCCCCCCCCCCCCAACAGGCAGACGGUGACACCAGCGGGGGGUCCCCAGGAGUGUCUCCCCCAAAUUUUGGGGGGCAAACUGUAACUUUUUGAGCAAAAUAAACCCGAUUUUGCCAAAAA